AUGGAGACAGAAGGUGGCCAUAGCAACUCUGUGAUAAAACAACGCAACCUGUGCAACUUGUGUUUGGGUAUGCACGACAGUGAAGAUGACAAAUCCGACUUUGAAGGAAUCGACACAAGGAAAGAUGCCGAAGAAGAAUCUGCAAUAAUUGAAACUAAAUCAGUUUCAGAAGAUUCAACCCAAAUUUGUCAUAGAAUAUCGACUACAAUUGCAGAAAUACACGACUCGCCAAGAAGACGUCCGGUACAGUUUGAUAAUAGGAGCCCUGUGUUGAUACCACGUGUGCCAGUGCGACGAUUCGGUCGGUUAUCUGGUCGGGCCAUGAACGUUUUAGAAACUUCUGGUGAACGUAUAAAUCAAGUCCCGACACACAUAGCUGAACAGUCAAAUAACCAAGAUAACUCAAUCGUAGAACCAGAUACAGACGGGCAAAGACUACUAACAGCCAGUGAACUUACAGUAAUUAGAAUCAAUGAAACAUCUAACACAGAGGUAGUAAACACUAGCGGAACUGGCCAUCAAGAAGAUGCUGUUGAAGAAGGAGAAACUGAAAUAACCGACAUACAAAAAGUAUCUAGCGAUUGUAAUAAAGAGGGUAUGGGCGUUGCAAGCAAAGAACGUAAAUUUCCCUUCCUUAUUCCCGAUGAAGAGUUGUUCGAACCUUUAGCUCAUAGUUCAGAGAAGUCCAUCAAUGAAGAUUUGGAGCCUGUUGAGGAGAUGAGAGAAGCUCGGGGAUCUGGAGUUAAUGUGUCCGGGCAUGGAGAAACGGAGCAAACAAGUCCUGUGCUAGCAUUUGAAACAAGGAAAAGUGCAGAUAGACUUGAAAAUGUUUCCUCUGACUCCACUGAAAUCAACGCUUCCAUUGAAGGAGAAAACGGAACGAGCGUAGAACAUAACAUUCAAAAUCUACGUCGUGCUAGAAUUUUAGAUGAGUUUUGGUCCGUGUCGCCGAUGGAGGUAAAUAUUGAAGAUUUGCCAAAAAAUAAUUCAAACUCGAAUAAAAGAAGAACAGAUUCAAGAGAUGAGGCACCGUCGAGAAAAAAGAAAAAGAUGAAAGAUGCAGCCACCCACAUGACUAAAGAGGAUAAACAACAUUUUAAGAAUGUUAGAAAGGGGCUAUAUCUAAUAAAUCCGCUCGUCUUCAAAUUGUGUAGGUGUCGUCGAGCUCCGGAACAUGUUUGUUCGUGAUUCUUUUUC